CCUAAAAAGCUUUCUUGUCUUUAUUAUUUCCUUUUUCUUGUGUUUGUUUCUUUCCUUUAACAUUGACAGACAACAACUAGCCUGCGUCUGCUCCAUUGCCAGAGAAGAAGAAGAUUCCACCUCUGAUUAUUCAAUUUUCUCCGAGUCCCUCAAUCAUCCUUGAAACUUGCAAAAAGCUGCCGUUUCUUUGUCCUAUUUAUUCUUGAGACUCAAACAUUUCUUCCUCUCUACCUCCUUUUUUGACGAUUCCCAAGUCGAGCCAAUUUUCAAGUCUUUAAUGUUUGAACCUUCUACCACCUCUUUUCUUUCAAGUCUUACCGACCGAUGAUAAUAUUAAUCGUUGUCUCUUUCUAGAAUUUCUACCGUUUUUCAUUGUCUUUCCUUAGUGGAUUGAUAUGUGCUCAGAAACAAGUCCCAGAAUAUCUUUCUCCCAUGAUCAUGGCCAACCACAAGUUGUGCCAAUCGAAAACAGGGUGAAUCGAACGGAUCACUCGUUGCUUUUGGACCCAGAUUCUGAUUUUGAGUUCUGCAUUAGCAGCAGCGGCUUCGAGCAUGAGUCUUGUUCAGCAGACGAGCUUUUCUCCAAUGGCAUGCUCCUUCCACUUCAAGCUAAAGAGAGAUUUCUUGCUCCAAAAGAAAUCCAUAGUUGUGAACCUCGGCCUCUUGCUCUGCCUCCUCUUCCUUGCGAGAAAUCGAGGAAAGAUUUAAGCUUGAAAGAAGAAGUCACGGUUGUAAACUCAGAUUUGGAGCAGAAGCAUGUGUCCAAGUACUCUUUCUGGGGCUCCACGAGAAGCAAUAGUCUCAAUUCCGACAGGAAGAGAAGCUUGUUACGCUCAUUGCCGCUUUUGUCGCGAAGCAAUUCAACAGGUUCAACAACGUUGAAGGAUGUUCAGAAUAAGCACAAUUCACAGAAACGAACAUCUGUUUUUAUGUCAAGAUCAUCAUCAUUAUCUUCAUCAGCAUCUUCUUCUUCUUCAUCUACUUCUGCACUGCAGCAGAAACCUCCAUUGAAGAAGAAUUAUGGAGGAGCUCUCCAUGGUGUUCGGAUUAGUCCUGUAUUGAAUAUUGUACCACCUCUUUACAUUUCUAAAAGAACUGAAAAUCUCUUUGGUUUGGGUUCUUUCUUACGAGACAGGAAAGAUGAAAAGAGCAAGAAAUGAUUUUUACUAGCUUUUUCAUGGACUAAAUUAUUGGAUUUUCGUGUA